GUUACCAUAUUGUGGGGCUAUAGUGUGAACAGUUUUAAGAAAUCGCAAUAUCUUUGUUAUAAUUCUAGAUCAACCUAUCCUCCCUUCCUUUGCUGGAAUGUUUGUCCUCUGCUGGUUGCAGCCUGGUGCUGAUAUUCAUGUCGUUCCCAACAUUUCUUGUGUUAUGUAAUUGCGCAGGUGGUAAACUGUGCUUGUAAAAAAAAAAAGACGUCUCAUCUUCAGUGUUGAUUUGAUUACAGGAUGGAGGAGCAGAGUUCUAAGAAUGUGAUGGCCACCGAGAUGCUGAACCUGAAAGUAAACCUUGAAAGCACUUGUCAGCAGCUAAAAGCUAGCCAGAAUAAGGAACGGAUACUAAGAGCAGAGGUGACAAGGCUUCAAUCUGGGCUCGAGGCGUCACACUCCCAUUGUAUGCAGCUCAAAGACUAUCUCAGAAGGACAGAGAAGGAGCUCCACGGGCUAAAGGCUGUUGAAGAGGACAAGAACAAUGACAUUAUCAAGCUGAGGGAUACAGUGCUGCAGCUGGAGGAGUCACACAGGCUGCAGACUGAAGGACUGCAGGCUGAACUCACAAACCUGAAAGCAGAACUUGAGCAGAGAGAGUUUGCUUUACAGACGGCAGUGGAGAGAGCUUCCUCUCACGAAAACGAACUGAAGCAAAGCAAAGGAAAACCAAUCGACUAUCAGGUGGCCAAAAUUCAGCUUGAGGCUCUUAAUUUGGAAAACAAGCAUUUGAAAGAACUGAUUGCAACAAUGGAGGCAAAAACAGAUAUGCAGACCUUGGGUAACUCUCUGAAUGAACUCUGGGGCGAUAUUCCUGCCAGCAGUUACGCAGAGAAGAAAAACAAGACACUACAGAAAGACCAGGCGCUGCUGCAAGCAGAACCGGACACACCUUCACGAGCCACCCAGGGGAAACACGGUGUGGAGCAGGGAGCCGUAGAGAGGAGGGAACAAGAGGACCGUGAAGACACAGGACCCCAACAGGAGAAUGAAAAUGAAAGGAAGAUUGCAACAUCUUUGAAAUCAAAAUUAAAUCAGGAGAGCAUACCGAGGAAGAAUGAAGGAGAGAUUGGGAACAUGCUGCCCUGGAGUGCCAGUCCACUUGAUUCCAAUUCCACACACUCACAGUCCUGUAGGCCCACAGAUAGACCCAGCAGAGACUUGGCCAUGAAAGAGUCAACACUUUGUGAGAGGCUGGUUCUACCUGGGGUGGUGCCCCAUCUCCAUGGCAACAGCUUAAUUGAUGAAGAGUUGCCUGAUGUGUACAUGUUAGGAAAUUCACUGGGCUCAUUAGAAAGUGAGGAGGAAUUCAUGUUGCUGUCUCCAUGUCGGAGCUCAACUGCAGCUGAAUGGUUCCUCCAGGAAGAAGAGAAGCAGUCGAAAGAACUUGAACGGCUGUUUGAUAUCUAUGUUGAUAAACUGAACUGCGACACACAGCAAGCCCUGCAGAAGUAUGCUGCGCCUAAACUGAGCUGACAGCCUGAACGCUGCAGCAACACCUUUAACAAACAGCUCUCCCUGGAGAGACCCCAGCACUGGAUUUUACUGCACACCUCAGAGCCUCUUAGAAGCACCAUAGGAAGCCAUGACACCUUUUUAUACUCUAAAACAUGUGCAGUGUGAACAUGUAAUGCAGUAUGCAUUUUCCAGAUUUCUUAUGUUCCAGUAAUUAAAUCCCAUUACUAGCUUUCUAUUUGUAAUUGUACACGAAAUUAUAUAUAUAUAAAAUCAGAUUUGAUGGUUAACCAUUGCAAGAACCUCCAAUGCAGUAUUCAUCCACCUUGUGGCACUAUGUACAAUCACAUUGGGUGCAAUUUCAGCCAGAAUGUUUUUUUCUUUUA